GUCAGUGUAGAGUGGCUUAUACUAAGCUGUAUAUACUUAUUACUUUUCACACUCAUUGAUUAGCACAGUAGACAAAGCCGACUGGUACGGACAUGCAUCGGGAUCUGUCAAACGUCCAAACAAGGUCCCGUCUCGCGGUCGAUCCACCGGUUCCACCUUCUCACCUAGAACUCACCCAGCGCGAAUCCACUCGGCUCCACCUGCUCGCGACGACAUCCGUUCCACGCUGCAGUAUGAUCUCCCUCCUUUAUGGGCAUUUCUACCAAUUCUGCUCUUCAAAUGCUCUGCUUCCAGCCUGUCGAUCCACAAAACACACGCCACCUGAUGUCUGCGUUGAGAGCGACGAUGUUUGAGAGCCACUUGCCAAGAGCUGCAUGAUGUGCCUGCCAUCUCAAGAUCCUCGCAUGUAUAAUUGGGUGUCGUCCCGUGUUCGCUGACUCUUGCUUUCAGUUCGUUUUCUGUUUUUUCUCAACUCAUCUGCUUCUUUGAAACUUUUGCCGGCUGGCCUGACUGAAUUCCUUUCGUUCAACCUUUAAUUACACUUUUCGCUUCCUUCUACCUGUGCUGUGCACCUUUUUAUAGCUUUGAAGAUUUCAACACAAAGUUCAGUAUACUUUUAUACCACUCAACCAAUCAACAUCUCAACCAAAAUGCCCUCUUUAAUUCAGAUGCUUUGCUGGGCUCCAGCCAUUGUCUCGGUGGCUUCUGCUCAGGGAGUCAUUCAGUCCGCGCAAGGAAACAAAGGAUCGCCUGCUAGUUUACCACUCCAAGUCGACCUCACAGCAAAUGAUGCGAAUAUUAUCAAUAUCGACGAGAUCACCACUAACGUCGUCAACGAAUGUGGACGGACCCUGUUGGGAGGUAACAUCGAUAUUGGCGAGCAGACUGAGGGUCAGUUGAUCGCCAAGACUGUCACCUCCGUUAGUAAAGGAAGCACAGUCGAUGUUGCUAUCAACCGGGUCGACGCGAAUGGCGAUGGCCCAUAUACUUGUGAUAUGGAUCUCAAGGGAAAUGCCAACGGUUUCAAUGGCCAGACGAACCUGACUGUCACCGAAUCUGCCCCAGAGAAUGGCAUCAUCAACCUCUCUGUUGAGAUGCCUGCUGAUAUGGCUUGUAUUGGAGCUUCCACCGGAAAUGUCUGUACUAUCCGCUGCUUCAACACCGCCGCCGCAGGACCUUUUGGAAGCUGCUUCGCAGUCCAGCAGGAAGACACCGUCGCCAGCGAAAACUCCGCCAACACCAUCGACACAGCGCAGACACUCGAAGGUGUUCUCGCACAAGUCCAACAGGACCAACUCGACCUCGCUGAUGCCAACAGAGGCCUCGCCAACGCCGCAACCGUCGAUGACCAAGGCGUCGAAAUUGUAGACGCACUCCUCGAUAUCGAUUCUGCGGCUCUAGCUACAGCUCCAGCUGCUGCUCCAGCGGCGAAGAACACUGCUGCUGGUGGUGGAAAGAAGGGCAACGGCAAUGGAAAUGCAAAUGGAAAUGGCAACGCAAAUGGAAACGCAAAUGGAAACGCAAAUGGAAAAGCAAAUGGAAACGCGAAUGCAAAUGGAAAUGGCAAUGGCAACGGCAAUGCGGCCACCAAGAACGGAAAUGGUGCUGCCGGAAGGAAUGGCAACGGAAAUGCUGCGAAUGAUGACGCCGCUACCAACGACGAUGCUGCUACCGAUGGCAACGCUGGCGGAAACGGUAACGGUGCUACCAAUGGCAAUGGUGCUACCAAUGGCAACGGACGUAACGGGAAUGGGAACGGGAAUGGCAAUGGCCGCAACAACAAUAACAACAACCGACGUGCCUUGAUCUUCGCCGCUUAGGUGAACAGAGGUACGGAUUAACUGUUGUGCCAACCUUCUUCUCAUACCCUCUUGCUGUACUGUACUUUAGCAG